CACUGACUGGCAACGUUCAGCAUACACCCGCACAGUCUGACGGCUUUUCUCUCUCCGCGAUUGUACACCUUUCUGCGCAGACGGUCGUUGUUCCCCUUCACCAGAGUGUUCUCCUGACCAUGCCCUCCUUCACCGGUCAGACCUCUGAGUCUGGUCUUGACUAUGAUGGACCUCAACCGAUCAUGGGAACUGGUCUGAACGUGGCUUUCCAAAGACGUCGUCGGACAACCGGCCACUCAGAUUCUGCAACCUCAUCGGAAGCACACAUUGCUAGACAGCGGGCUCCUGUGGCCAAGAAAGCGACAGCUCGCCCGCCAAUCCAUCUUCCGACCUCUCUCGGUAGCCAAAGCUCCAGCAUCGCCACCGAAUCUGCCAUACGCGACGAAAAGGACCACAGUACCAAGUACAGCGAAGAAGACCCGCAGAAUAGCCUCUACAGCCAGGUGUAUGAAUGGCUUGAACAUGAGAAAUCUAAGCGCAGCUCUCAUUACUCUUUAGGUUCUGGAGUUCCGGACGAAGCAGCAAACCUGGGUCAAGAUGCAGGCAGCAACAGCACCGGUAUUCUAGUAGAAGGAUCAUUAUCCUCUGGUACGAACGUCUCAAUGGCUCUCGACAAGCUGGAGAAGAUUCUGCUCCAGUAUGCCGCUUCGCGACAGGAUGGGCCGGUGCGACGACUUCGACGCCACCGGUCUAGAGGCUUACGGAGGGGCUCUGCAUCUGAGUCAGACUUUUCAGACUUGGACACCGCUGCUCCUAGUGUGGAUGCUGUGUUGGACAACUCCAAAACUAUGGCUUACAGUGGUGGUGGUGGUGGUGCUGAAGAUGAUGACAGCGAGCAUGGAGCAAAUUCCCGCCACGCGAAAGACAGAGAAGUGUGGACGGCUUUCAAAACCGAGAUUCUCCGCCUCGCCCACACCCUGCAAUUCAAGGGAUGGCGAAAGCUACCUAUGGAUUUUGCUGCUGAUAUCGACGUCAUUCGGCUGAGCGGUGCUUUGACCAACGCGGUAUAUGUGGUAAAUCCGCCGCAGAGCAUUCCCGUUCCGAAAGCCGAGGAUGGCUCUUAUUCCUUGGUUCCCAGAAAGGCCCCUUCGAAGCUUCUGUUGCGCAUUUACGGUCCACAAGCAGACCACCUGAUUGAUAGAGAGAAUGAACUGCAGAUUCUCCGCCGUCUAGGCCGAAAGAACAUUGGCCCGAAAGUGUUGGGCACCUUCCAGAAUGGUCGGUUUGAAGAGUACUUCGAAGCACGUCCUCUCACACCCAAGGAACUUCGGGAUCCUCUUACUAUGAAGCAGAUCGCCAAGCGAAUGAGAGAACUUCAUGACGGUGUUGAAUUACUGGCAGAAGAGCGGGAAGGAGGACCGAUGGUGUUCAAGAACUGGGAUAAGUGGGUUGAUCGCUGUGAGCAGGUCAUCAAUUGGCUGGACAAGGAGAUCCAAUCCGAGCACAGCGCGAGCAAGUCUGUUUCAGAAUCAUGGCGCCGGCGAGGCUUCGUCUGCGGUGUCCCCUGGCCGGUUUUCAGAAGGGCAGUCGACAGCUAUCGCAAGUGGCUCAUUUCCAGUUGUGGCGGAGUAAAUGCCGUCAAACAGCAACUGGUUUUUGCCCAUAACGAUACACAAUACGGUAAUCUGCUUCGUAUGGAACCAAGCCAUGAGUCACCCUUGCUUCGUCCUGAAAACAAGCACAAGCAGCUUGUUGUCAUUGACUUUGAGUAUGCCUCGGCUAACACGCCAGGUUUUGAAUUUGCGAAUCACUUCUCUGAAUGGUGCUACAAUUAUCAUGACCCGGAAAGACCUUGGGCAUGCAACAACACGGAUUAUCCAACCCCGGCACAGCAACAUCAAUUCAUCAGCGCCUACCUCAGUCAUCGACCCGGAUUGCGCGAGCAGGCCUCGCCGUCGAUCACCCCUCUAAUGCGCGCAGGUUCUUCCAACACAACUUCUCUCGCGCCACUGAGUCUCGACGCUGGCCCGGACAUGGAUGUAAUGGCCCGCGUCGAUAUCGAGAAGACCCAUGCAGACGGUGUUGAAGCCAAGAUCCAAGCCCUCAUGGAUCAGACGAAGUUGUGGCGUGUGAUAACGUCUGCUCAGUGGGUGGCGUGGGGAAUUGUGCAAGCGAAGGUGCCUGGCAUGGAAGAAGGUAUCAAGGCAGAUGCCGCAGCAUCCAACGGCCACGGCGAUACCGCCAACGGUAACGGCGCACACGUGCAAAGACCUACCGAUGCGCCUACUUCGACCCCUCCGGUGGACGCGGAUGUCGACGAAGCUGACGAGUUCGACUAUCUCGCAUAUGCGCAAGAUCGCGCCAUGUUCUUCUGGUCUGACCUACUGUCAAUGGGAUUUGUUCAGGAGGAUGAACUACCCGCGCCAUUGGUCGAGCAGAUCAAAUCUCGGAUCAUCAAGUACUAGCUGACUUUGACGAUUAUGAUCAGUACGGAAGCCGGACUGGAAUGAGUGACGAAGCGAACUAAUCUUCUGCUACUUGUUGUUUUUUGUACUGUACAUACAUACAUCAUACCUACAUAGCCAGGAGUAUCAUUACAGAUUCUAAAUUGACGUCAUCCAAGAAGC